UAUUAUCUGUGAUUCGGCUAUAUGACGUGAUUGCACGUUAAGCAGGUAAUUUCUGUUUCUGUCUCAUCUCAUCUGAGCGAUGAUCUUUUAAUAUCUACGGCUAUAUUAUUUUAUCGAUGGUGGAUUGAUUUGCAAAAUCUGAUAAUUUUCUUUGCUUUUACGCUCCUGGUUCCUAAAAUUAUGUCUGGUGGACACAAACAUCGUUAUAAAAAUGCUGGCCUAAGUGCUGAUGAGCUACGUCGGCGAAGAGAAGAAGAGGGCGUGCAAUUAAGGAAACAGAAACGGGAACAGCAGUUGUUCAAAAGGAGAAAUGUCAAUCUCCCUGCCCCUAAUGCACCGGAUAUUGCACUACAGGAUGACAUCAAUAUAUCUCCAUCCGAUGACAUCUCCCAAGCAAUGGUUGCGGCCCUUUAUGGGGAUAAUCCACAUGAGCAAGUGACAGCAACACAGAAGUUCCGGAAGCUGUUAAGCCAAGAACCCAAUCCACCUAUUGAUGAAGUUAUUCGGACUGGAAUAGUUCCUAAAUUUGUUGAAUUUCUUACCAAUAGCACCAAUCCGACAUUGCAGUUCGAGGCGGCAUGGGCGCUCACAAACAUAGCGUCGGGCUCGUCGGAGCAGACCCGCGUGGUGGUGGAGUGCGGCGCGGUGCCCGUGCUGGUGAGCCUGGUGGCGGACGGCGGCAGCGACGACGUGCGCGAGCAGGCCGUGUGGGCGCUCGGCAACGUGGCCGGCGACUCGCCGCGCUGCCGGGACACCGUGCUCGCCGCCGGCAUCCUGCCGCCGCUACUAGAGCUAUUAAAUAAGUAUACCAGGUUAUCUAUGACCAAAAAUGCUGUAUGGACUCUUUCAAAUUUAUGUAGAGGCAAAAAUCCUCCUACAAACUUCGAAGCUGUUGCUCCGGGUAUUCCAGUUUUAGCGCGACUGUUACAUCAUACUGAUGCCGAUGUAUUGAGCGAUGCCUGUUGGGCUCUCUCGUACCUAUCGGACGGACCAAACGAAAAAAUACAAGCGGUUAUAGAUGCAGGCGUCUGCAGGCGACUUGUUGAACUACUUAUGCACAACAAAUCGACAGUGGUGUCGGCGGCCCUGCGCGCCGUGGGCAACAUCGUGACGGGUAACGACGCGCAGACGCAGGCCGUGCUGAACUGCAACCCGCUGCCCAACCUGCACGCGCUGCUGCGCUCCAGCACCGAGGCGCUGCGCAAGGAGGCCUGCUGGACGCUCUCCAACAUCACCGCCGGGAACGCCGCGCAGAUACAGGCGGUAAUUGAUGCGAACAUAUUCCCGGCACUGAUUGAAAUUUUAAGGCAAGCUGAGUUUAAGACAAGGAAAGAAGCGGCUUGGGCGAUUACGAACGCGACUAGUGGUGGAUCUCAUGACCAAAUUAGGUAUUUAGUUGAACAGGGUUGUAUACCACCCUUAUGUGACUUAUUAACAUUAACUGAUGCGAAGACGGUCCAAGUGGCUCUUAAUGGAAUAGACAAUAUACUAAAGGCUGGCCAGCAGUCUGAUCAACAUGACAAUCCUUAUGCUGUCCUUAUCGAAGAAUGCUUUGGUUUGGACAAAAUAGAAUUCCUGCAGUCUCACGAAAACCUUGACAUCUAUCAGAAAUCUUUCGAGAUUAUCGAAAACUAUUUCGGAUCUGAAGAGGAAGAUGGCAGACUAGCGCCGGCUGUGUCCUCUACUACAGACCAGUACCAGUUCAGCACCGACCAGUCGGUGCCUAUGGGAGGCUUCCAAUUCUAACCUAGGCUUAAAACGCUUCUUUAUAUUGAUGCUGACUGUGCAGUAAGUAUAUAUUUAUUUUGACUUCGUACUACUUGUAUAUACCGCACAAUUGGCAUAACAGAAAAUGUAUAACUAGCUUUUCAGUAGAUAUAAUGGACAAUGCGCUGAGAGUUUUCGCUUUAGUCAAUGUCACAAAUUAAUAAGAAUUGUGGGAAAGCGCUUUUAUUCUUACAAAUGUACAACUUUCCAAGCUUUUGCUAUUUGCAGGUUUAUUUAUUUUUUUAUCUCACAACUAACACCCUUGCAAUAUUGCCAGUUGUCUUAUAUAGCUCAUAUUAGCUGGUGACCCUUGAUUUAUUACUAUCAGACUAUAUUGUUAUCUUACUAUAAGAUAAUUAUCGCUUGUGUAUAAAUUGCGCCUAAGUUGUAUGAAAUAAUUGGCAAACAUGUAACGAUUCGUAAGAAGCGUACUAUUUACGACAAUAUUUCACAAUAAUAUCCCGUUUUUUAUUAACUUGGAUAGUUAAGAUUCAACAUAUUUAUGUAGUUUAGAUUAUGAAUAAGUACCUACUUAUAAUUACUAAUAAUCUUUGCAUGUCUCAAUUUCACUGGAGAACAUCACAAGUGUUAAAUUUAUUGAAACAAGCUGUUGCACACUUAGGUGGGAGGUACAAUCCUGAAUUGCUCAUCAAUCUCACAAAACAUUUUCAUAUCUUGGAACAUUAUUUAAAACGUAUAUAAUUUAUUUAUUAAUUCAGCUUUGUUUAUAUGUGUAUAAUUUACUUGUUGUAUUUGUGGUACUAUUUAGUCAGUUGUGUUAAUACUAAGUUUUAGUUAUGUAAGUAAAGAACAUUAAAUGUUGUAAUGAGCUUACAUGCCACAAGCACUUUCUAACCUAGAGUGCAUUAUAUAUGUAGUUAAAUACCAAAAUUCUUCAUAUUAUUGGAACUAUUAACACCAUGUAAAAUCAUUCAUGUAACAUGUAAGUAAUUUUAAAUUACGUGUCUUUUGUUUGUUGUUUUGGUCAUAGUGCAUCAAAUGAAUACACGAAACAAGCAAUAUUUAUUAAAAUUCUUAAUUGUAUUAAUAAUAUUAAUGUCAGUAAGUAUACCAUCUUAAACCAUAUUUUGAUCGAUUAGUUUUAAAUGUACCUAUUGCUUUAAAUUACGGUUUUACUUCUAUUAUGAUUAUUUGUUCAUGGCUUGAAAUGUAUCGAUCUAGUACAAACACCACUGAAAUCACCAUUUGUAUUAAGUGUAAACAAAUUUACUUUCAAUUAUUUUAUUUGUUAGUCAUUAACUUUUAAUGGUUACUAUAAAUAUAAAAUUAAGUAUGUAAAAAAAUAUAACCGUAAAAUGUUGACUCAUUAAAUAAUUGGAUUGACAAUAUGUACACUGUAUAAUUUAUAUAUCUUAUGUGGCUAAGUUUGUGUUCCAAAAUUUCAAUACAAACAUGAAAAAAUAUUCAUUGUAAUGGCACAAAAUGUUACGAAUUACCAAAUAACCUUAUCAUCUGCAUCUUUAUCUUUUUCAUGAUAUACAAUGUCUACCACACACAGAAAUUAUAGCCUUAUGUUCAUUGAAUCCAAUUAAAACAUAUUUUAUUUAUUUGGAUUUAGUCAGAGUUUUUGGGUUUUUUAUAAAGUAAGCGAAUUAAAAUAAUUUAACUGACAUUAACUCUUGUUUUAAACUUAUAAUAAUGUAAAAAUGACUGUGCGAAAUUGUACGAACAUACAUUUAUCUUAAAAUCGAUUAUAGAAGGUCACAUCUCUGACCUUUUUAUUCGUCAUAAAAUUGCUAAAAUAUUUAAAGCUCCUUUUGUGAAAGUACCGACAAAAUAAUAUAAUUGACACUAUUGGUGGCAUAACUCGAUAACCUGAGAUAACUUUUAGCAUUUAAUCGUUUCUGUAUGUCUAGCAAUAUUACAAAACACGUUAUCAUUGGCUAGUUUAAUUGGCUUAAUGUAUGCUAUUCAUAUGAUUAAACAAUGUCUUAAUUUCGUUGUCAUGUAAUACUCUUAAUUGGUAUCACCUUUCAUUGUCUAGAUAUGUAGCUUUUUAAGAAAUUAGUGAGAUAUCUGUUUUUGUUCUAGUGAUAAUGCUGUGUUGUGAUAUAAAAAUUUUCUUUUUUCAGAUAUCUAUGUGUAUACAGAAGUGGGUAGAAUCUACAACUUCGUUGAAUUAACUGUUAUCUGAUCAAACUCUACACAAAUGUGUAUGUAAUUAUAUUUUGCACCCAUUAUGUAUAGAUUAUUUUAUUAAUUUAUAUAAUUAACAAAGGAAUUCGCCUUCUUAUUUUUUUUACUGUAGAUAAUGGCGUAUCUAGUUCAUUUAUUUUGUAGUAUGUAUUUGUUGGCCUUCACGCUUUUGUUACUAAAAUAAUAAACCUUGUAUAUUGUUAUGUGAAAAAAUAUCAUUUCAUAAUGUAUUACAGAUUGGUACCAACACA